AUGUUCAGCCUCCAUCUCUUCCACCUGUUUGGAGGCAGCAUCAACUCUUUAUCUUUCAGACUGAACAUCUGGAGGAGAUGGAGGCUGAACAUCUGGAGGAGAUGGAGGAGGAUCAACAUCUGGAGAAGAUGGAGGCUGAACAUCUGGAGUCCACCUCCAGAUGUUCAGCCUCCAUCUCUUCCACCUGUUUGGAGGCAGCAUCAACUCCUUUUUAUCUUUCAGACUGAACAUCUGGAGGAGAUGGAGGCUGAACAUCUGGAGGAGGAGAUGGAGGCUGAACAUCUGGAGGAGGAGGUGGAGGCUGAACAUCUGGAGGAGGAGGUGGAGGCUGAACAUCUGGAGGAGGAGGUGGAGGCUGAACAUCUGGAGGAGGAGAUGGAGGCUGAACAUCUGGAGGAGGAGAUGGAGGCUGAACAUCUGGAGGAGGAGGUGGAGGCUGAACAUCUGGAGGAGGAGGUGGAGGCUGAACAUCUGGAGGAGGAGGUGGAGGCUGAACAUCUGGAGGAGGAGGUGGAGGCUGAACAUCUGGAGGAGGAGAUGGAGGCUGAACAUCUGGAGGAGGAGGUGGAGGCUGAACAUCUGGAGGAGGAGAUGGAGGCUGAACAUCUGGAGGAGGAGGUGGAGGUUGAACAUCUGGAGCUGCUGGAGGUGGAUCCACUGUGGAGAUGAUGGAGGUCUGAAGGGAAACUAUCGCUCAGACAGCUGGUAGUUUUUUGUUUUUAAUAUUUUUAACCAAACUGUAAAAGCGUUGAGUCUUCUCCGGUCUUUUCUGAACUUCCUGCUGGGUCCAGUUUCUGGAGUCAGAAGUAGAAUUAUCGACACGAAUAAAUGUGAAUAUCAGGAGGAGGACAGGAGCAGCUGAAGGUCUCUGACUGCAGGACUGAGGCUGUGAACUGGAGGAGUGGCGCCCUCUAGUGGAUCCUGUCUGAACUCAUGAAAGACGUUUAAGUGUUUCAGCUUUUAAAGCUUCAUAGCUGCUGGUUUAUCUGAUUGUUCAACAUUAAAUAAGUACGGGCUGAUUUUAGUUCAUUGUAACGUUUAUUAGAGACAAAGGAUUUAACCCUGGAAGACCCAAAUAUGAAAAAAAAAUCAGUAAAAAUGAAAUAAUGAUAAUAAUGCAUAUAUAUACACAUACAUAGAUAAUAAAACAAAAGCUGAUGUUGCAUUUUUGGGUUUUCCAGAGUUAAGGAGAAACAGCUGCUUAAAGUAAAUCAAACUGAAUUAUUUAAGCCUCGUUUUUUAAUAACCUGCUGUUAUCUGGUGUCUAGUUUUAGUCUACAAAUGUUUUUUUCUGAAUCAUCUGAGAGAAAUAAAUAAAAAACUACAAUGUUGAGGUUUUUCAGAGCAAUUUAAAACCCCAAAAUAUUGAGUUUGCUGCCGUAUGAGACAAAGAAAAGCACAAAAUAAUUUCCUUUUAGAUGCCAGAACCAAAAUAAAAAUAUUAAAGGUCUUUUAUUAUUUUCCAACCCCUAAAAAGUUCAGUUUUCUGUCCAAAGAAAAGCAUAAAAGUUCUCUCAUUUUUGAGUUUUUCCUUUAAAUGUUUCUCAUUCUGGAUUAUCUGGAAAACAAAAACAGGAUCAUUUCAGCUGAUCUAUAAGUGGAUGAAAUGUGAAAAAAAUCUGUUAGAACCCACAAAUAUUCAGUUUAUUGUCCAACAUAAAGCACAAAAUCCUCCAGUUUUAGAAGAAAGGAGGAAAAAAAUGAGAAAUGUGAAGCAAAAAAAAGUCCGUUUUCUAUCAAAUUAGGCAAAAAUAAAGCAUAAAAUAAUGUGUAUUUAUGCAUCAGAACUGGAAAAUAGUUAGAAGUUUAGUUUGAAAGUGAUUAAAAGAUGAUUAAAACAGCUGCAGAUCAGUUUCCUGUUAAAGCAUCGAUCAGUUUUCUGACUUAUAAACGCAUUUUAUUUAGUGUCAUUUGCACAUUUUCUAAUAUAACCUAAUAUAACCUAAAAGCGUAAGGUUUAGCUGUUCUUAAAGACCAGUAAUGCCAUAAAAUGGUGAAAAUAUUCAGUUUAAAAAAACAAAAUCCUCCAGUUUUAGAAGCCAGAAGCAAAAAAUGUCAGUUUUCUAUCAGUUCAGACAAAAAUAAAGCAUAAAUAACGUGUAUUUAUACGUCAGAACUGGAAAAUAGUUUGAAAAAUAACUAAAAAUGCUUAAAAGAUUAAUUUCCUCUUAAUAAAUUGAUCAGUUUUCUGACUUCAUGCUAUAAAAUGAUGAAAAAAUCUACAAAUAUUCAGUUUAUUAUCUAAAAUAAAGCACAAAAUCCUUCAGUUUUAGAAGCCAGAAGCAAAAAAUGUCAGUUUUCUAUCAGUUCAGACAAAAUAAAGCAUAAAAUAACGUGUAUUUAUACGUCAGAACUGGAAAAUAGUUUGAAAAAUAACUAAAAAUGCUUAAAAGAUUAAUUUCCUCUUAAUAAAUUGAUCAGUUUUCUGACUUCAUGCUAUAAAAUGAUGAAAAAAUCUACAAAUAUUCAGUUUAUUAUCUAAAAUAAAGCACAAAAUCCUUCAGUUUUAGAAGCCAGAAGCAAAAAAUGACGAAUAUGAACUUAAAAAAAGUCAGUUUUCCAUCAGAUCAGACAAAAUAAAGCAAAAAAAAAAAAUCAUCUUUUUUAAAAGACAGAACACAAAAAUCUGUUUAUCUUUAAAGAAAAUCACCAAACAUUCAAAGGAAAGUGUGAAAUCCUGUCAUUAACUAGAAAACAGUUUGAAAUUCAGUUUGAAAAAUGAUUAAAAGAUUAAAACUGCUGCAGAUGAACUUCCUGUUCAUUAAUUGAUCAAUUUCCUGUUUUUCCUUCAGAUAAAAUGUGUUUUGACGUCUUUUAAAUGCAUUUUAACCACAUCAGAGGUUGUUUUGUACGUUUUUAGAGUUGAUGUUUCAGAAACUGGUUUAUUUUCAUUCAAACUCUGUUUUUUUUUUCCUGUUUUUAGGCUCCUAAAUGUUUUAUCUUUGUGUUCAUCUAAACUGGAACAUCAGAGUUUUCUAGUUUGUUGGACGUUUUUCCUCCUCUUGAUCUGGUUUAAAGUCAGCCGAUCUUCACAGAAAAACUCUCCAGAACUCUCUCUGAAACUUCUCCACGUUUCUUUGUCUCGUUCUCUGAGCUGCAGGAAGUCUGUUUGUGUAAACAUCUGGAUCCAUCUGUAGGAAACUCUUCAGAACGUUAAUAAACCCCCAGCUCAGA